CACACCGGUAAGUUCGUCUCUCCUCUUCAUUGCUCAUGUAUUCUGUCCUUACGGUAUCCAUUCAUAAGGGAUUCAUCGUGUCGUAAUCACAUCGGAUGUUGGUGAUGACUUGAGGCAGCAAAGAGUCGUARCAGGCAGGCUUUCUUGGGCAUCGCCGUGGCAUAAGCUGCACAUGUUCGUGAUUAAAGCUUUUACGGCCGAAAGUUUGUGCUCAAUGAAGUGGAUUUCUUAUGCCGCUUACAGCGAGAACUUUACUCCAAUGGACUACUAGCCUCUUGGGGACAACGUACAGAUCUUCUCGUAGGACUAAAACCCAAGGUUGGCAGUUGUGGGGUUUCGCGUACUCGCUCGCUUGUUUAUUGAUUUUCGAUAGAAUGGUUCUUGGUUGUUGUCUCUGUACAAAUACUAGUUAUGUUUACAAAAAAWCAGGAUCAAACGAUUCAUGUGGAUCUCAUGUGGUAUUAUCAUCAGUGUCUGAAUUCUGUGACUGCUUGGAUAAUUUUGAUAACGACGAAAAACGCAAACGUUUCUUGGAGAGUUACCACUUAAAGUUCUGCGAUAUUCUUCCCUUUUGGAACGAAUUGGCUGUUUUUAAGAACAAAUGCACAGAAAAAUUAAACAAGAUUGUUGAAGCAGACUGUGCUGCAUCUCAAGACAACAGCAAGUUUGAAGCCAUCGUUAGUCGUAUUGACUGUGGGCAGAGAUACUCUGUGCGCUGGACCUGCCAGGAUUGUAAGAUUGCGUAUAAAGAGUUUUUAUGUACAAGUAAAGUAUUGCCAUUAAUGUUAACUAACAACAAGAAAGCAUGUACUUUGGCUUCCUGCACAAAAGUAUUACAGAGGUGUCCUUAUUUCCUACCUAAUUCAGACAGCCAAUGGAGUGGACAGUCAGUCUUUGAAUGUAACCUUGAUGAGGAAGAUGCAAGCCAUUGCAUUAAUGCCUUGUCAAGUAAGGACUACAAUAGUCAGACAAAUGGAAGCUAGCAUUUGCAGUAUUUGAUAUUCUAGAUUAUUUUACAUUACAUAUUGCUCUUAUUGUUGUAUAUAUAACCAAAGAAAUAAUCCUAUCAUCAAUUGUUUGAACUAGUGGAUACAUCCAAAUAUGCUUUUAUCUGUUUGAGCGCUUACUAGAAUAGAUGAAACAAAACAAAAUAGAAAGAAAUGAAUUAACAUAACAAAAUGGGAAAUCUUGAUAUAUAGCAAAACAAACGAAAACAAAGGUAGACAUGUAAACGAGUGACGUUGGUGUGCACAAUCUGUUAAAUAUUGUGCUGUAGGCAGCCCAGCUGUAAACAUGCUGAAAUUGUGAAGUAUUCGAGCUUCUACCAGAUUGUAAUAUAAUAGUUUCUUUUCAUCCACCAAGGAUAUCAAAUGACAUGUAUUUCUGUACAAGGCGAUUAGUUAUAAAACUUACUCAGCUAGUGACUGAUAAACAGCCUUGAUGAGAACAAAAGUUUUUGCUCACUACCUCACUCAUGACUUGAAAAAGUAUAAUUUCCUAUACAGUAAACAUUUUGGAAUAAUAAAGCUAUCCAAACUUGGCAUACCAGCCACUGUAACUCAGAUAUGAACCUUUCAUUACUGGAUCAAGUUCCGAACUGUUUCUUUAAAUAAAUAUAUGCACAAAAUCUUUCAAAUUCUACAAUGGAAGGAUCAGAAAAUCACCUAACUUGUCUAGUAAUUGCCUUGUACAGCAAAACUGUCAUAUGAUAUUGUAUGCUUUGUUGGUGAAACAAACAUUUAUCAUUUUACAAUCUGGAUCUCUUUGUUUUCAUUUUUUUUUUAUUUUGCUAAAUAUGGAUUUCCCACUGUUAAUUCAUCUCUUUUCCAUUUCAUUUUGUCAAUUCUAGUAAGCCUGUUUGAGACAUACAAUAGUGUUGAGUUAAUAGUUAUACAGUCAGUAUUAUUAUUUACAUUGUCCUCUUUAAGAUUAUGAAGACAAGAAAAUAAGCUGAAAAUCAGACGUGACCUUGCUGCAGUUACAGUUUGAAUCAGUUGCUUAUAGCUGGGUGCCUUUUACCAAAGACAAACAUGUACUGAAAUUUUGUGAACUUUUUAGCGUUAUGUUCUCUGGACAGUGAUAAUAAGAUUGACAGUAUCAUCCAAAAUAAUGUUAUCCAAUUGGAAAAAGCCCAGAUGUUGCUUCAUUGUGACUCAACAUUAAAGAAACUGAAGGCCCAGUUUGUGAGAUCAAUGUUCAAAAUAUCUGCAAGAACAGACUAGUAAUUUUGAGCUGAAUUUCCGAAAGCAAAGUUAGAUUAACUAGUAGUUUAGGUCUUUUAUCCUUUUACAAUAUCCCCAUAGAAUCUAUUCUUUUAUCACAAUUUAUUUUAAUAGAAUGUGUAAUGGCUACUUAUUUCUUCUUUGGAACAAAUUCUGGUCAACUUUACCUCUUAUUGGAAAUCAUAUUUUGUGAUAGAACUGUUUACAUUUGUACUGUUUGUACAAAUAUCAUGCACAUAUUCUUACAGCUAUUCCCAAAAUGUAUUAGUUUAGUGUGUUAAACAGUAUUUCUACUACAACAUACCAGAACAAUUUCAUUGUAAAUUUCUACUCUUUUAUUUGAUCAUAAAGAUUUAGUAGUUAGAAAAUGAGUUUAUUCUCCAUUACUAAAUCUACUUAUAGAAAUGUUUAUACUAAUCAUCAUGGCAUAACUUUAAAGUUGUUAUUUUAUAAUAUUGCAAAUAUUAUUGUACACUUUACAGCAGUUCCCAAGAAAACACCUUAACAUUUGUUUGAAAUCAUCCUGAUCAAUGACACACAUCGAAAAAACAGUUAACUGAUAUGGCAAAGAGAUAACUUAUAUUAGCUUUAAUAAUUUCUAAAAUUUUAUAACAAAAUGUUGUGUUGUGAUAAUUAACAGCUGAAAAAGGAGCUACUUAUCUUUCAAUUAUUUUUCCAAAGUGCAUUUUCCUAAUUCAAGUACUUAAUAGAACUAUUUAAAAACUCAUAAAAUAAAAAGUGAUGAAGUGAAAGUUGAUUUUUAGAAUGUAGUUUUCCACAGCUAUUAGCGUAGUUCUGACAUGGUUGUUCAUUACAAGCAAAAUAAUAUAAACCCCUUAUUGGGGAAUAUAAUAAAAUAAAUGGAAAGAUCCUAGGCCCUGAUCAUGAGGCUUUGUUAUAGAAGAUUGGGUUUCCAUUUUCUCCUAUGCCUUGAUAAUUAAUUAAUUGAAUGRUUUAUAGCACAUUCUGCUAAAAUGUAAUUAUAUUUUUUAACCAUCCAUAAUAACAUAGUAUAGAUAAAUAUAAGCUAACAUGUUAAGAUGAUAAUAACAGUUGUGAAAUGUGACUUGUUGAGUAAUUUAACCCCCAUUGUUUGUUAGAUAUAGCAAAACAUGUUUGUAAACUUAUGAAACACUAUAAACUAAAACUUAAACAUUAUAUUUGUACAACUUUGUUUGCUUUUGCAAUUCAAUGUAAUUUCAGUGUACUCAGGGAUAGUACUGUGCACUUUGAGUAUGUUAUUACAAGCUAUAGCUUCUUGCAUCAUCCAAACACUUCUAUUUUCUCUUUUUGCAGCUAUAAAAGCCUAUCGUUUUCUGAUAAAAAACAACAAUUAUCAUUUAUUCAMAGUAUAAACUUGUUUAGCAAUUCCCAAGGUCUUUUAUUCAAACAAUUUACUCAUAAAUUAUAAAGAUAUUUGAAGACAUUGUUUAUGUUUUGAAUAGAUAAUAGAACAAUUAUUAGAUUCAUAGAUUAAAUGUCAUUCAGAUUUCUGCACACCAUCUUGAAAAUUAGUCUUGCUUUUGCAUUGCAGAAAGAUAACUGGUAAGCAGCUUUUUUCACACCUAAAUACAUUGUUUGCACGUCUCACUUCAAUGCAAAGGUUUCUUUUUAAGAGGGUGUAUUUACUUUGAGGGUGUAUUAGCACAAUGGAGACUACAGAGUCAUAAAAGCCUAUAUAGCCAUCCUGCAUAAUACUUUAAGUUGGUUUCCACUACUAAGUUUAUUACUGUCAACCAAUUGUUUAUUAUAAACAGAGUUUGUUUUAAGUGUCUUAUGAUAAAUAAAGUGGGAAUAUUGGAA